AUGUUUGGUCUCGGCCCCUUUCGCGCGACGAACCCGCUCAGCGGCGGUCUUCUAUGGAAAAUCCCAUGGCGGCUGUCCCGGUUCCAGAAGUACCGCCAACGCAAGCGGCUGCAGGCCGUCGACACGGUCAUCGGCACACUCGACACGGCGCUCGCGAAGCAGGGCCAGACGCUGAACGCGCUGGAGCGCUGGAAGGAGGAGAUGCCCAAGGAGGAGGAGAUGCAGGCACGCGACAAGUACACAAUCUUUGACCGCAAGGCGAAGCGGUAUCGGAAGGGUAUUCACAGUACGUUCGGGCCCUCCACAGACGAAGGAGAGGAUCGAUGGGCCCAUUGA